GCCACUUCCCCAGGCUAUGGAUCUCUCCAGCAGCACCACGUCACUCUCAGUGCGUGCCCCUGGACUGUCCCGACGGCUGUCCUCGCAGAGUGGAAUGGCAGGCAGACCUAGGGGCAUGUCUGCUUCCAGUGUAGGAAGCAGCUAUGGAGGAUGCGCCUUUGGACUUGGAGCCGGCUAUGGGGGAGGGUUUUCAGCUGCUUCCAUGUUUGGUUCUAGUUCUGGCUUUGGUGGUGGCUCUGGAAGUUCCUUUGCAGGGGGACUGGGCAGCUCCAUAGCAGGGGGACUGGGCAGUGGUUAUGGGAGAGCCCUCGGGGGAGGUGGCUUUGGGGGCCUGGGGAUGGGAUUUGGGGGAGGCCCAGGGGAUGCCUCCCUAGGUAUCGUCUCUGGCAAUGAUGGAGGCCUUCUUUCUGGAUCAGAAAAAGAAACCAUGCAAAAUCUUAAUGAUAGAUUAGCUUCCUACUUGGAUAAGGUUCGCGCUCUAGAGGAGGCAAACACUGAGCUAGAAAACAAAAUUCGAGAGUGGUAUGAAACACAAGGAACGGGAACGGGGGACCCUGCAUCACAGAAUGAUUACAGCAAAUAUUACCCGUUGAUUGAAGACCUCAGGAAUAAGAUCAUUUCUGCCAGCAUUGGAAACGCCCAGCUCAUCUUGCAGAUCGACAAUGCGAGGCUGGCAGCCGAGGACUUCAGAAUGAAGUAUGAGAACGAGCUCGCCCUGCGUCAGAGCGUGGAGGCCGACAUCAACGGCCUGCGCCGGGUGCUGGAUGAGCUGACCCUGACCAGGAGCGACCUGGAGAUGCAGAUUGAAAGCCUGAACGAGGAGCUAGCCUACAUGAAGAAGAAUCAUGAGGAGGAGCUCCAAAGCUUCCGGGUGGGUGGCCCAGGCGAGGUCAGCGUAGAAAUGGACGCUGCCCCCGGAGUGGACCUCACCAGGCUCCUCAACGAUAUGAGGGCGCAGUACGAAGCCAUUGCCGAGCAGAACCGGAAGGACGCGGAAGCCUGGUUCAUCGAGAAGAGCGGGGAGCUCCGGAAGGAGAUCAGCACCAACACCGAGCAGCUCCAGUCCAGCAAGAGCGAGGUCACCGACCUGAGGCGCGCGGUCCAAAACCUGGAGAUCGAGCUCCAGUCCCAGCUGGCCAUGAAGAAAUCCCUGGAGGACUCACUGGCGGAAGCCGAGGGCGAGUACUGCGGGCAGCUGGCCCAGGUGCAACAGCUCAUUGGCAGCCUGGAGGCGCAGCUGCUGCAGGUGCGCUCGGAUGCCGAGCGCCAGAACGCGGACCACCAGCGCCUGCUGGACGUCAAGGCCCGCCUGGAGCUGGAGAUUGAGACCUACCGCCGCCUGCUGGACGGCGAGGCCCAAGGGGAUGGCCUGGAUGAAAGUUUAUUACUUGUGACAGACUCCAAGUCUCAAGCACAGUCAAUUGAUUCCUCUAUAGACUCAUCCAAAACCCGAAAAAUCAAGACAGUUGUGCAGGAGAUGGUGAAUGGUGAGGUGGUCUCAUCUCAAGUCCAGGAAAUUGAAGAACUAAUGUAAAAUUUUAGAUCUGCCCCAUGAUUGGUUACUUAGAAUUGAGAAAUUUACAAGUAGAAGUUAUGCCCUUCAGAGUAAGAUGCUAUAUUAGUUCAGUCUCUCUUUUUGUGUUUCCUUUUCUUUGGAUUCCCCACUCACAUUGAGUCCUUUUUGCCCUUCUGAAACAAGUUUUAAUCACAAGUCAUUGUGGCCAUGUGGGUCUUUAUAACAAACCAAAAUUAUCUUACAUCUUUCUGGAUCUGGAAUAGUCUUUUUAGGAACUUUCUUCUGGGUGACCUGGAAUAUUUUUUUAAUCAUAAAGCUUUAAUCAAGUAGUACUGUUUUAAAAUAGUUCAUUUUAAUAAAAGAUGAACAGUAAUAAUGUGAAA